AUGCUCAACGCAUUCAAAACCGUCCCGACGAGGGCGGCAACGCUCCUCCUGGUCUGGUUAUUCAUCCUCAGAAUCUCGGGGAUAUACCUAUUCACCCGUGGGUUCCUCCUCUCACGCCUUUCUCUUAGCAAUACCAACGACUGCAAAACAUGCACGCUUCCGCCCACUCACAAGAGGGCAAUAUUCCUCAUAAUUGACGCCCUGAGAUUCGACUUUAUCUCUCCGGACCCUCCGAGUCCGCCCAACGAGGCACACCACCAUGUCUUCACCCUGCCGCAGGAGCUCUCGGCCAAAUACCCUCAUCACUCUUUUAUUUUCAACGCACACUCGGAUCCUCCAACUGCAACAAUGCAACGAAUCAAAGGAGUGACGACCGGUUCGCUACCGACCUUCAUCGACAUCUCGGCAAACUUUGGUGCUACGUCAAUCGAGGAGGAUUCCUUGCUGUCUAGAUUAAAAGCAGCGGGUAAAAAGAUUGCAUUCAUGGGAGACGACACCUGGAUGAGCUUAUACGCCGAUUUGUUGGAUGAAAGCCAUCCAUUCGAUUCUUUCAACGUCGAAGAUCUUCACAGCGUGGAUAACGGUGUCGUCGAGCAUCUAUUCCCACUGCUACAACAGCCCAUCAAAGACUGGGACUUUCUUAUCGGUCAUUUCCUAGGUGUCGACCAUGCCGGACACAGAGUAGGUCCUGGUCACUCUACAAUGAAGAGCAAGCUUCAGCAGAUGGAUCGAACAUUACGCCAGUUGUCAUUGGCGAUCAUGGAAUGGACACCAAAGGAGAUCAUGGAGGAGACGAUCCCCUGGGAGACCUCGGCGGCGACAUGGAUAUACAGCAAAUCCACGGCCCUCCGGGCAGCCGACUUUGGAGAGAUACCCGCGUUUCUUCUGCCAAAUGUUACAUUCCCUAAUGCUCCCUCUUCGCACCGUGGUAUCCAACAAAUCGAUCUCGUGCCAUCCCUCGCUCUUCUCCUCGGUAUCCCUAUCCCUUUCAACAACCUGGGUACUGUCGUUCCAGAGCUCUUUGCAAGGGGCGACAACCUUCGCAAGGCUCUGAAUCUGAAUAGCCAUCAGAUCAAACAGUACCUGGACGUCUAUCGCGCAAGUGCAUCCGGAGCAGAGCUAAACCCUUAUUGGGAGACUCUGGAAACAUCAUACCGGGGUACGACCGCUGGGUCGUCGCCAGAAGAAAAUCACUCGUUUGCUCGACUGGCACUCGAGAGCUGUCGCGCCUUGUGGGCUCAGUUUAGCAUGACCCUCAUUAUACUUGGGCUGGUGGUCAUUCUGGCCACCAUUCCGGCCACUGCUCUCUUCACGCGCUCCACUCCAGACUGGCCGGAUACAACGGUUGAUACGGUCGCAAACUCCAUGCUCGCCUUCUUGGUCGGUGCAGCCGCUGGCUUCGCCAUUCACAUCGCUCUCGCUAGCUUCCUAGCUAUGCCGAUGUCUUCACUCCAGACCACCUUGUUCGGCGGCAGCGCACUGGCAGCGAUUGCCUUAUCAUACGCCAACACACCUGUGUCUACGCUGAGAAUCUCCAAAUCGACCUUCGUUCUCCUCAUUCAGUCCAUCCUUCUCUUCUCCAAUUCAUUCGUCUUCUGGGAAGAGCGAGUCGUUCCGUUCCUCUUGGUCACCAGUGUCACGAUAUUGGUAAUUCCCCUGCGAACCGCCUCUGGUCGACUACUUCGCCGCGGCCUCUUCUUCUGGAGUGUAUUUGUCGCAUGCGUGCGGCUCAUAAAUCUCAGCACUGUCUGUAGAGAAGAACAGGGAGCAUAUUGCCAUGUGACCUUUUACUCAUCAUCCGUUCUACCGUCACCUCCUCUUCUCGUCCUUUUGGCAAGCAUUCCAGUCGCUCUCAUGCUACCGACCGUCGUCAGACGGUUUAUGAAGAUUGCCGCAGCAGAUCACGCCCUCGCGCCAAUCACCGUUGAAGGAUAUCUGCGUCUAGCACUCUUUGGAGGCACAUCGUUUUGGCUUUUCGACUGGCUAGAGAGCCAUCACAGCUCACUCGGUCUGGAUCAAACCAUUAGUACUACAACGAUUCGUAUAAUUCGCACCACCAUCUCCAAAAUCAUCAUGUGGACAAGCGGCCUCGGACUCGCAGUCUGGUCUGCGAGCCCCCUUAAUCUUGCCAUCCGAAAGCAAACAGAUGGCUCCGGAAAAGUGACUGUUCAAGUCCUUGGCUUCACCAACAGCUACGGCUCUUUCUAUCUAUCUUUCCUUCUUUACAUCUUUACGAGCAUCUGGAUCACAUCUCAACUCUCCGCCCAGAUAUCCCUCGCGCUUUGCUUUACCGCAUUCCUUGCCUACCUCGAACUUGUGGACACCGUCCGCGAUGUGACCCCAGCAGAAAGACCAGGUAUAUAUCGUGCGCCAACCCUCGCACAAGUAACACCUGUUGCUCUUCUGGCACUCCAAGUAUUUUACGCGACGGGCCACCAAGCGACACUCAACUCGCUACAAUGGAAGUCGGCGUUUAUACUCAGUGCUGAACGAAGCCUAUGGUCGCCUGUAACGGUGACCUUGAACACAAUCGGUCCGGUGUUCAUCGUGGCGCUCGCCACGCCAUUGUUGGCACUAUGGGCAGUGGAGCCCUUUAAUCCAACAUCAAGCGUUCAAACUCAGCAAAGAUAUGUCGUCCGUGGGGCCCUGCGGAGUAGUUUGCUCAUCAGCAACUACUUCACGGUGAUUCUACUGGCUAGUGCCGCUUGUGCCAUGGUUCUCCGACGGCAUCUUAUGGUGUGGAAAGUGUUUGCUCCUCGAUUUAUGCUUGCGGCACUGUGUACCAUUGCGGUCGAUCUUGCUGGGAUCAUUGGGAUGUUUGGUGGAGUCGGCACCGUUGUACAGCGCGUUUCAUCAACGUAUCAGGGAGUGACAGAGUAA